AUGUUUGGGCCCCCAACCCUUGAUGAUAACAAUAUUUCCAACUUUGACUAGAGUUUCGCCCCUGUAUUACAUAACUCGAGAAAUAACUUGGUGAAUGACAGCAAAUAAUCGCACAUUGCAAUAGGAGAUAAUCUGCAAUCGGUGACCACAAGGUCUCGAUCUUAGGUAAAAAUGUAAAAAGUCGACUCUUAAACUAACAAAUAAAAUUUGUUUGGAAAUUUCAACUAACCAAAAGUCAAUAAGCGGGACAAAGAAUAAAUAGAAGAUGGAUUGGCAGAUAACUCUUCUAUAUCAAUAGAAGAGGCUGGCUCACCUCUUUAGAAACUGCAACUUGCAACAAUAGACACAGCUAAUAAUGAUUUGAUGAGCACUUCAAAUAAUUAAUAAAACAAUCAGUUUCUAGCAAAUGAAAUAAGCAAUAGAGGUAAAACAGGUCAGUUGAGUGAGUUUUAAGAGCACCUCAUAGUUUCAGGCUAAAAAUAUGUCAUCUAAGAGGAAAAUGAAGAAGAUUUAAGAAUAGAAAUCUAAAAAUCAGAAAACCAUAGGAAAUUCCUGGUUGAGGAGAUUACUCCCAAUCGCUAUAACACUGGCAGGUUCUCGGUAGUGGAAGUUGUGCAGGAUCACCAAACUAAUAAUGAGAUACAGGAAGAUAUAUAGAACUUUGAGUUGAACUAUAUCAAGGACGAGUCUAUAAAAAUCGAAUAGAUCUAAUCUUAAGAUAUAGGCCACGAGUUUCCAGCGAAUAUCUUUUAACAGAAAUAGCUUCUCAAAUAAAACACAGCCAUUAAUGAAAGAAUCCAGUAGCAUUAAAAUUUAUCAUUCACUUAGAGUCAAAAUGCAAUGACAUCACAGUAGAAUAAUAAUCAAGAGAGAUUUUAGAUGAGCUAAAGUCAUUAGUCAGAUGUUAAUCUGAUUAGCCAAGAUAAAAUGAUGAGCAGCAAAGAGUAAAAUUCUGGCAAAGAAACCAAUAUUCCUACUAUUGCAGGAUUGUUAAAACCGUUUCCUACAAAAAAAUAAUCUAAAUCAAAUGUAAAUGUAAAUGGGCUUGUUAACUCAGUAAACAGUCCUAAGAACUAGGACACUUCUCGAAAUCUCCUAGAUAGUGCUAUAUAGGUCGAAGAAAGCAAAAAAUUCAUUAAUUCAUAGUUAAGCAUGCAGAAAAAUGACGGUCAAGUAAAGAGGUGCUAUUCAGAUGUAACUCAUAGAAAUUAAACAUAGAAUACUAGAAAUGCUAACCUUUUCGAAUCAAACUCAGAAUUCUCAAAAAGAUUUAGAAUAAUGAAUAAAACAUCUAGAGCAGAAGGGGAUAAUCUAAAAAAUUAAACAAUUAAAGAUGAGUUAAAUUUCUAGCCUACAGGGCUUCACAUUACAAAUAAUAAUAGAUUUUCCACAACUGGUUUAGGAAGUGCCAAUUUUUAUUCCACUUAGCAGGAGCUACUUCCCAAUAAACUUAAGACAAAAAAGUUUAAUUCAGCAAACGCUGCAAAUAUGAAUAAAAGAGACAAGGCGAAAUAAAGAUGGAGUAAGUUAAAUAAUGUACUUAGGACUAUCAGUUUGCUACAGAGGCAUAGGACUAAAAUCAUUAAUGAUCCAGAGGAUAUAUUAACUGAGAUUAACAAUUUCCCAACGAGAUCAAAUACUAACAGAUAGAAAUCAUCUAGACCAAUUCACAAUGAUUUUGAGGACAAAUUGAGAUGCGAGAAAUUCUUUAAAUACAUUUCAAUAGGGGGAUAAGAUGGGAUUCAAAGAAUAGAUAAGAUGAUUAACGAUGACCCGAAAAAGCACAUGCACAAUAUUGAGUCUAAUUAUCACAUACUCAACAGGUGA